CGUGUGUAACUUUUGACCAGGAGCUCAGGACUAGCAAGCAGCAGCAAGCAAGGGACCCAGUGCCCAGAUUUUUAGUCUGGUCAGGGGUUUGAAUCCAGCCACUUCUCAGAAGGCGUCAGUAGUUAAGACUGAAAAAUAAGAAAAACAUUAAAGAGAAGCACAGAGGGCAAAAAUGACCCAAGUAGAGUCACAAGUAACGUAUACUCACUCCUAUGUGGUGACAUCAGAGGAGUACAUGACACAAGAAGAUGAUUGGGACAGGGACCUGCUCCUGGACCCAGCCUGGGAGAAACAGCAAAGAAAGACAUUCACUGCCUGGUGUAACUCUCACUUGAGGAAAGCUGGUACUCAGAUUGAGAAUAUCGAAGAGGAUUUCAGAAAUGGGCUGAAACUUAUGCUUCUACUGGAAGUCAUUUCUGGGGAGAGACUGCCUAAGCCUGACAAGGGUAAGAUGCGCUUCCACAAGAUUGCCAAUGUGAACAAGGCUCUUGACUUCAUCGCUAGUAAAGGAGUGAAACUGGUAUCUAUUGGAGCAGAAGAAAUUGUUGAUGGCAAUGUAAAGAUGACUCUUGGUAUGAUCUGGACUAUCAUAUUGCGCUUUGCCAUUCAGGAUAUUUCUGUAGAAGAAACAUCUGCCAAGGAAGGCUUGCUGCUGUGGUGUCAGAGGAAGACUGCACCAUACCGAAAUGUUAACGUACAAAACUUCCACAUAAGCUGGAAAGAUGGGCUUGCAUUGUGUGCCCUCAUCCACAGACACAGACCUGAUCUCAUUGACUACUCCAAACUCCGAAAGGAUGACCCUAUUGGUAACCUGAACACUGCAUUUGAAGUGGCUGAGAAGUAUCUGGAUAUACCCAAAAUGUUAGAUGCUGAAGAUAUUGUGAAUACCCCCAAACCAGAUGAGAAGGCCAUCAUGACAUACGUUUCUUGCUUUUACCAUGCCUUUGCUGGUGCUGAGCAGGCCGAGACUGCUGCUAACAGGAUUUGCAAGGUUCUGGCAGUGAACCAGGAAAAUGAGAAGCUGAUGGAAGAGUAUGAAAAGCUGGCUAGUGAGUUGUUGGAAUGGAUCCGUCGCACCAUCCCUUGGCUGGAAAACCGUGUGCCAGAGAAGACUAUGCGUGCCAUGCAGCAGAAGCUGGAGGACUUCCGUGACUACCGCCGUGUCCACAAACCUCCCCGUGUUCAAGAAAAAUGCCAGCUGGAGAUCAACUUUAACACCCUACAGACUAAACUGAGGCUUAGCAACAGACCUGCCUUUAUGCCUUCUGAGGGAAAGAUGGUCUCGGAUAUUGCCAAUGCAUGGAAAGGGCUGGAGCAAGUAGAGAAGGGUUAUGAGGACUGGCUGCUGACUGAAAUCAGGAGACUUGAGCGUCUUGAUCACCUGGCUGAGAAAUUUAAGCAGAAGUGUGCCUUGCAUGAGGGAUGGACAAGAGGCAAGGAAGACAUGCUGAGCCAUAGGGACUAUGAAUCUGCAUCACUGAUGGAGAUCCGUGCUCUCAUGCGCAAACAUGAAGCUUUUGAGAGUGACCUGGCAGCUCAUCAGGAUCGGGUGGAACAGAUCGCUGCUAUCGCCCAGGAGCUCAAUGAGCUGGAUUACCAUGAUGCUGCUACAGUAAACAGCCGCUGUCAGGGUAUCUGUGACCAGUGGGACAACCUGGGAACAUUGACUCAGAAAAGAAGAGAUGCCUUGGAGCGUGUUGAAAAACUUUGGGAAACUAUUGAUCAGCUGUACCUAGAAUUUGCCAAGAGAGCUGCCCCUUUCAACAACUGGAUGGAUGGAGCCACUGAAGACCUGCAGGACAUGUUCAUUGUGCACACUAUUGAGGAGAUUUCGAGUCUGAUCACAGCCCAUGAGCAGUUCAAGGCCACACUUCCAGAGGCUGACAAGGAGAGAAUGGCUAUCAUGGGAAUCCAGGCAGAGAUUCAGAAGAUUGCCCAGACAUACGGAAUCAAGCUGACUGGUGUGAACCCUUACACCAAUAUCGGCCCUCAAGACAUUGUCAACAAAUGGGAUACAGUGAAGCAGCUGGUUCCACACAGAGACCAGACACUGCAAGAGGAGGUUGCCCGCCAGCAAGCUAAUGAACGCCUCCGACGCCAGUUUGCUGCUCAGGCCAAUGUUAUUGGUCCCUGGAUCCAGACCAAGAUGGAGGAAAUUGGACACAUCUCUGCAGAUAUUACAGGUUCCCUGGAAGAUCAGAUGAACCACCUGAAGCAGUAUGAACAAAACAUUAUCAGCUACAAGUCCAACAUUGACAAACUAGAAGGAGACCACCAGCUCAUACAGGAGGCACUCAUCUUCGACAACAAACACACUAACUAUACCAUGGAGCAUAUUCGUGUUGGCUGGGAACAGCUUCUGACAACUAUUGCCAGAACUAUUAAUGAAGUGGAGAACCAGAUCCUGACCAGAGAUGCCAAGGGCAUUAGUCAAGAGCAGCUCAAUGAAUUCCGUGCUUCCUUCAACCACUUUGAUAAGAAGAGAAAUGGAAUGAUGGAACCUGAUGAUUUCAGAGCCUGUCUGAUCUCCAUGGGCUAUGACCUGGGUGAAGUGGAAUUUGCUCGCAUCAUGACUUUGGUUGAUGCCAACAAUACUGGUGUUGUGACCUUCCAAGCUUUCAUUGACUUCAUGACCCGUGAGACUGCUGAAACAGAUACUGCUGAACAAGUCAUGGCUUCCUUCAAGAUUCUGGCUUCAGAUAAGAAUUUUAUAACAGUGGAAGAGCUACGUCGUGAACUGCCACCAGAGCAAGCAGAUUACUGCAUCAGCAGAAUGACAACAUAUGUUGGAGCUGACAGUGUGCCAGGAGCUUUGGACUACAUUUCUUUCUCCAGUGCAUUGUAUGGUGAGAGUGACCUCUGAAACCUGCCCCAGAUAAGAAAGAGAAGCACUGUUGCUCCAUUAUCUAUCUGCCUACAGCCCCUCCCCUUCUGCUGCUGCUAACUGUAUCAAAAGUGCACUGCAUCUCACAAAAAGUUAAAUAAAUUUUAUAAAAAAAAAUAUAAUGAAACUUGUAUCGUCUAAUGGGUGGUCUGAGCAAGCUCUAAUAGUUGGUUAAAACUGCAAUAGAAAAAAGUUUCAUUAUUGCAGAAGUACAUCAGAUGUAGAAAACCUUGUUUUGUUUAUAUUCUUUUUUCAUACAAUCUGCAAUCAUGUCCACUUUUUCCAACUCAGAGUCCUGUUGCUCAUGAAUGAGCCAUUGUCUUACCCAACUCCAGUCCCAUGGGCCGUAUGCACUGUAAUGUUUCAGUGUGAGUGUGUACGUGUGUAUAUGUAUAUGUUAGGGAGAACUUCUUAUCUUGAAUGUUGGUUGUGUCAUCUACACAGAAUUGUAAUACAACGUCUUUCCAAGAGACUAAAGUAAUAAAAUCAAAGCUGUGAUGGCUAUUUUAGAUCAGCAGAUAAGUUCUAAAAGUGUUUGAAAUGGGAUUACCUAAGAAGGUGUUUGCCUGCAGUUACUUGGCACCCUAAAAAGUAUGGAGUAGGAGGUAAGUAUUUUAAAAGCAGUAUGUGGGGAUUAACAUGAAUGGUUUAAUGUGACUGGAGUUGACUAAAGGAGUAUGGAAAAAUAAAAGCAUUUUUAAGUAAAAUAUUAAAUGUUUGCCAAGAGUCCAGUGGGACACCUUAGUCAUUAGCACAUCAUGCACUAUGUGUAAAAAUAAGGGAGCCAGGUGGGUGCAGGUGGGAUGUACAGUUUCUGUAGCAUAGCACUGUAUAUUAUCCAGGCAGUGUCAAUAUGUGAAAGUGGAAGCAGUUCCAGUGCACACUAGCUAGAGAUAUAUACAUUAUUGAUUAAAUGAGUCAAGUACUCAUGUAUUUAAAAUGUGAUCUUUCUUUUUAUGUCUUUUGUUCAAACCAGCACACACUUAUUGUUUGUACAAGCAAGUGUUUUUGGGCACAUGUACAGAAUCAUUCCUGGAUUUAACACACAAUGUGUAUCUCCCUUCACUGAUAAUUCCUUGUUACAAACAGCAUAUUCACUUCUGGGCUGUAAUGCUGUAAUAAGGAAAGCUGUUCUGAGGUGGAGGGUAUUACUUAGUGAAAUACCAGCAUUGAUACUGUUGAUUUCUGCCCUUGUAAAUGUUCGGUAAAGCAUAUGGACUUCCUUAAGUCAUAUUGCUUUGAAGGAUUUUUUUUGUGUGUGUGUUCAACUCAGUCAUUCUGUGUUAAUCUCUUUUGUGUGCACUCUUCUGGUUCCUUUUCCUAAAUGGAAUGCUUCCAUAACUGCGAUCAGAAAACCCAGAUAAUAAAAUGUAUUUCAGUAAAAUCA